GGAGCGUAAUAAUCAAAUCUUAAAAACCGCCAUUAAACCCUAGGAUUUUGGGGGAAAGCUCCUUGACAUACUGAAAAUGGAGGGUGAUGACUCUCUGCUUACCACAGAAGACAACAAUAAAGAAGUCGUGGAACUGGAAGUUGCUCCGGCUCUCAUCUCCGUUCACCCUGCUCACCACUCCGUCGCUGUCGCCGUUGGCUGUGAGCUUCGUGUAUUCAAUCUCCGAGAAGGCUGUCCAGUAACUUUAGGGGCUGAGUCGGGUGAGGUUUGUCAUCAUAAGGACUCUAUCAGAGCAAUUCGCUAUGGCGCAAAGGGUAAUGUUUUUGUGUCGGCUGGAGAUGACAAACUAGUUAAAAUUUGGACAACAGAUUCAUGGCGCUGCAUGUAUUCCGUGUCAACAGAGAAGAAAGUGAGUGCGGUUGCAAUAAGUGACAACGGUCAAUUUGUUUGUUAUGCUGAUAAAUUUGGAGUUGUUUGGGUCGUUGAGCUGGAUGAGUUUAAUGAAAAUCAAGCAUUAGUCCAGAAGAAGGGAUCACCAUUACUUGCACACUACUGUAGCAUCAUCACUAGUCUGGAGUUUUCACCAGAUGGGCAAUUCAUUAUUACUGCCGACCGGGAUUUCAAGAUUCGUGUCACCAUGUUCCCGAAGAAACCUCUAGAUGGAGCUCAUGAGAUACAAAGUUAUUGCCUUGGCCAUACAGAAUUUGUAUCCUGCCUUGCCUUCGUUUACAACGUGGAUUGCCCACAUGGGUAUUUAGUCUCCGGAAGUGGCGAUUCGACGGUUCGCUUGUGGGAUUUUACAUCUGGAUUGCUACUUAAUACAUGUGAUGUUGGAUCAGAGGUAGGACGACUUAUGGCCAAUGGAACAGAAAGCAAUUAUUUUGCAAUUACAGAUCUUUGUGCGACUUGUGAUGGUUCAUCAAUCUGUGUAGCUGUUCAAGGCUUGCCAGGAAUAUUGUUAUUGACUUGCAACCUUUUGGCUAAAACUCUAUCUAUUCUAAAGGUGGUGUCUAUUAAUGGAGAAGACUUCAUACCCACAAGCAUAGGGACUUCAUUAACAUCAAAUUUCUUAUGGAUGGUAAUGGGUGUCUCCAACUUGCCCGGUUUCGAUUCUUCAUCCUUGGCUCGAGUCCGCAUCAUUUCCGGUUUAACCAAUUGCAAUUCGGAAUCUGGUGAUCAAAAUCAUAACAUAUUGGAAGAUCAACAAGUCCCCGGUGGAGAAACACUGUUACAACAGUUGCAGGGAAGUUUGUCUAUCGACAAAGAUGUUUUCUCGGCAGCGGCUGAAGCCGUGAAAACAUCGAUGCGUAAUCUAUUGAUUAAGAAACAAUACUCCUCCGAAAAACGAGAGUUCAGAAAACGUGGCCGGAACGACAGGAAGGCGAAACGAUAGCAGGUAAUUCGUUUACGUAUUUUGCUUUGUGUGUGUUUUUAGGUCAUUUGCUUUAGAAAUUGGUGACCUGCCGUCUGUUGGAAUACUUCAUGAUUAUGGCUUUCUAUAACGGUAGAAAGUUAACGAAAUGUAGACUUACACUGAUCAAAAUUCGGUUCAUUUACGGGUACAUGUUUUUAUGC